AUGGGAAGCAGAAGACAAACAAGCCCCCGCUCCGUGCUGAUCCCGGCUCCCAGCCCCGCAGCUCAGCCCCAAGGUCCUACCGUCUCCCUGCGGAGCUCCCGAGGUUGGGAAGGGAAGCAGGCAGAGGGGCAGUCCAGCAGCCCCCAGAACUCCACCUCCAGCUCCUCUCCCUCUGUGAAGCUCGAGAACUCCCUGCCAGGGCUGGGCAAGAAGCCAUUCCAGAGAUCUGACAGGCUCCAUGCAAGGCAGCUCAAGAGGGCCAAGUGCGCCGAGAUCGACGUGGAGACGCCCGACUCGAUCCUGGUGAACACGAACCUGCGGGCGCUGAUCAACAAGCACACCUUCUCCCUGCUGCCCCCCGAGUGCCAGCAGCGCCUGCUGCUGCUGCUGCCCGAGGUCGACAGGCAGGCUGGAGCUGUGGGUGCUCCUGCCCCCGUCCCGCCCUGCGGCGCUCCCUCAGCAGCACCCGGCCUUAAAACCCCCCCGGGCGGGGCCCUGCCCAAAGCCAGCUCCAGUAUUCCUGCCAACAACCCUUUGGUCACCCAGCUGCUCCAAGGCAAGAGCGUCCCUCUGGAGCAGAUCCUGCCGAAGCCGCUCACCAAAGCAGAGAUGAAAGCGGUGCCCUUGGCUCCUCGGGAAGAGAAAGGGGCAGCGGCUCCUCCCAGUGCGGUGGGGAACGGCGCCGGGGCCGAGGCACCGUCGGGUUUGCCCUCACAGCAGCUCGGGAAGAUCUUCUGCCAGAACAGGCCUCUGCCUCACAUUCCAAGGACCUUCCCGCUCCCCUCGGGAAAGGAGCCCGGCCAUGAGCAGCACCAGUGCCACGAGGCGCUGAGCAAGGCGACCCAGGAGCAGAUCCUCCAGACCCUCAUCAAGAGGGUGCAGAGGCAGAAUUUGUUGCCCGUCCUUCAGCCCUCGCAGCUGAACCUCCCACACUCAGGUUUCCCAGUGGAGAACAGUUCCACCAGCCAGAGAUUCAUGCUGGGCUUCACGGGCAGGAGGACGUCCAAGCCUGCCAUGUCUGGUCAUUACCUGCUCAACAUCUCCACCUACGGCCGUGGCUCGGAGAGUUUGAGGAGAGGCUUCUCCUUGAACCCCGAACUCCGCCUGGGGCUGAGCAGUCCCGCGGAGGGUCCCAGGGCAGAGUUUGGGGAGUGCGAGGAGGGGGCCGGCCCGGGCAGCAGCAGCGAGGAGGACGCGGAUGACGAGAGCACCGGCGACGAGCGGGAGCACUCGGGCGUCAAGGAGGAGCCGCAGGCGUCCGGUCAGUGUGAGAGGGAGCGGGGAUCCCACAGCACCAGCCCCGUGGGUCCCGGCUCCCUGGGGACGAGGGCUGGGAAGGCCGAGGCAGCCCCGGCAGCGCCGGCAGCCGGCACCAAGGAGAGCACUGCGGCGCUGGACGGCACCGCGCUGGCCCGGGACCUGCUGCAGGCCGCGCAGGAGCAGAUGGCACACGCCAUGAGGGGGAGGAUGCACAGCAGCCCCGAGCUCUUCGCGCCUCCCGCCCCGUCCCCGGACUCGGCGCAGCCCCCGCUGCUCCCCGCCCCGCACCCCCCGAAGGGCUCUGCCGGGGCGCAGCUCCUGGGGCCCAGCUACAGCGGCACCAUAAACGUCUCCACCUCGCCCGACGUGAGCCAGGGCUCGCUCAUCACGGGGCUGUCCGAGUGCAACCAGCUGGCCAGUUCCAUGGGGAACGUCAUGUCCUUCUCCGUGACCGUCACCACCAUCCCCGCCGGCCAGGCCGUGAGCUCCGGCGGGCACGGGCAGCCCCUCCCGGUGCAGGCCUUCGCCGAGGACGGCGGCGUGGAGGACCCCCCUUCCAAAUGUUACUGCAGGUUGAAAGCCAUGAUCAUGUGCAAGGGCUGCGGGGCCUUCUGCCACGAUGACUGCAUCGGCCCCUCCAAGCUCUGCGUCUCCUGCCUCGUCGUGCGGUAACCGGGACGGCACGUGGGGGAGAGGAUGGCUCCAUUUAGGGUUUGCUUUCGGAACUAUGUUGGGAAGAAACAGGAAUUUUACUGCCUUGCACAAGAGACACGUUACUGAAUCAGGAAAACAGAGUAGAGUCCUUCUUUCAUUAACGAAAGAGCACCUUCUUGUACAGGGAGUCGAGAUCGCGCUCGACUGCGUGAAUUGUGACAAGAGUUUGCACUUAAGGAAUUAUGUAAAUAUGUCACAUUAUUUUGUUUAAAGAUAUUUUUUCAAUCUUUUA